GUUCUGACGGGAGGGGAGGUCACAGAUCACAAAGCCUUAUCUCUGGUCUGGCUGCCUCCCUCCCUCACACGGACUGGCUGCUGUGUGACCUUCACGCUGCGCCCCCAUCCUUCAACGUGACGAGUCCAGUGAGUUCUUCCUAUGUCAGACUGAGAGGCAGCGCCUGUAAGGAAGGACGUGUGUCCCCAAGACAUUGGCAGCCAUUAGUUGAAACAUUCUUCGAUGCAUUUCUGAGUGCACAUCUGUUUUCUGUCCUGACAACGCUGGCAGAGUGUGUUCAUUGGCACCAGCUGCCUCUUUGCCCCGAGACCUCUAGGUGGGUGGAGAUUAGCUAAAACCUCCCCAGGAUAUUGGGGUUUCCAUUGUCCUUUGCGGACCCUGUAUGUGCUGGUAAAUAUCGUUACUCCUAUGGCAAAUAUAGCAAGAAGGAACAAAUAUUUAGGAUGCUGCUCUCCUGAAUAUUUUUAAACCAAAUCUCAGACUCAUUAUAAGCACCAUUAUUAUUCUGUGAUGUUUCAUCGUUGACCUCCAAUCUGGACCUUUUGGUCCAUAAGUUUUCUUUCUGUACGGACUCAUUGAGCAAGCCAAACACAUGCACAGAAUCUUCUCAGCUCCCUGAAAUUUUAUUUUGAUGGUUUGUAUUUUAAAAACUAGAAGAUCUACACGUUUUAAUGAUGCAACUCACUGGUAUUUCAUAAGUGACCACACUGGUGUAUGCAAUUCCAAGAUGAAGAAACAGGUGGUUGUCAGAAUUCCGGGUAUCUUCUUGUGUUCUCUCUAAGUCACUGUCCCCACAGGUAUAGUUUUCUUGGCUAUAUUUGUAGGAUUGUGAUGUUUGGGAAUAGGUUGAUAACUCUCCAAGAUUUGAAAGAUUAGAUCACUUUUCCCAUUUUGUACUUGAUAUACAUGGAGUCAUACUGCCUGAAUGUGUAAUGAUGACUUAUUUCUCAUGCCAUAUGACUUUUGAAAAUUGAUUUGUAUUCUUGCGUAGUCUUGUUAGCAUUUUAGAUCUGCUGUAGAAGACUCCAUGGUGUGACUAUGAAAACAUUCACCGAUGGCUGGUCCUGUUAAUGGGAAGUAGGUAUUCCUGAGUUUGGACUACUAUGAGUACCGAGUAGUGCUGGUAUAUAAUUCUGUAACCAGUCUUUUAGGGAUACCAGACAAACUUUGUUGAGUAUAUUCAUAGCUGUAUAUUUGUUGGGACAUAGUAUAUCCAAGACAGCUAAAGUUUAUACUACCACACAGUUUCCAAAUUUUCAUGUUUGCCAGUAGUUUCAAGAUUCUUGGUUGAUCCACAAGUUUGCAAAGACUUGUUGUUUCUCUCAUUCUCCUUUUAUUCUUUUUUUUAACGUUUGUUUAUUUUAGUUAUCUCUGUACCCAAUGUUGUGUCUGAACUCACAACCCUGAGAUCAAGAGUCUCAUGGUCUUCCACCUGAGCCAACAAGGCACCCCUGUCCUCCUUGUUUUAGAUUUUUAUGUCGUGUUUGAUGGCACCAGGCGGUAGUGUCAUAUUUGAAAUUAUGUGACUACUAUAGACAUAGAACAUUUUUACACCUGUAUUAUCUAUUGCGUAACCUCUUAUUUCAAGUUUCUGUUGGAAUGGUUUGUCCAUUGUUUAUUCUAUUGUGUGGUCUUCAGGAAUUCUUUCUGCUGGUUACAAAUUGUGUGUGUGUGGUGGGGAUGUUUGGAUGAGAACCACCCAUUCAUGUAAUACAAAGUCAUUUUACUGGCAUGGUUAAUGUGCUCUGUGCUGUUCAAGAAAUAUUUUCGUGUUCUAAGGUAUAGACAUUUUUUUUUCCUUUUUCAGGAUGAAUCCAUUGUACCUUUAAGAUUUAUGUAAGCAAUCCAGUCAGACUUAAUUCGUUUCAGGAAGUGAUAGUGAUCAAGUUUUCCUUUUUCCAAUAUAACUUGCACAUUUCAGGUUGUUCUGAAAAUGUUGCCUUGUGCUUUCUUUCCAUUUGCUCUCACCUGUCAUUGCUUCUCCAGGAUAACAGCACUUCAUCCUUACUGCGGACUUUUCAGUUAAAUAUACUGCAAAUAUCUCCAUCUCUUCCAAUCACAGGAAGUCAUGGCAAUCAAAUGGGAGCACUCAAUUCAUGUUAUUUGUGGUGUAAAAAACCUUCAGUGAGGCUUUGCCCGGAGAAAUGAUUGUUGUUCAUAAUAUAAAGGAAAACAUGUAUGACAGAUUAGCUUCAGGGCAUUUGACAGUAGGAAUAAUCUUCUUGUCACAGACGACAGUUGGAAUUGUGGGCAAUUUCGUUCUUCUUUAUCAUUACGUGUCCCUUUACCACACUGAACGCAGGCUGAGGUUCACCCGUUUGAUUCUCAUGCACUUGACUAUAGCCAACUCCUUGGUCAUUCUCUCUGAAGGAGCCCCCCAGACCUUGGCAGCUUUGGGAUUGAAAUCUUUUUUCACUACAUUUGCAUGCAAACUUUUUUUGUACGUUCAGAGAGUGGGCAGGGGGUUGUCCAUUAGCAGCACCUGCCUCUUGAGUGUCUUCCAGACCAUCACGAUCAGCCCGAUGAACUCCUGUUGGAAGGAUCUUAAAGUCAAACCCCCAAAAUAUGUGGGCUUCUCCAUUUUCCUCUGCUGGAAUCAUUACACAUUUAUAAAUUUAGUGUUUCCUCUGUAUGUGUUAUAUAUGCCUAGCCAAUGGAGCACCAAAAACAUCACACAGGAAGGAGAUUUGGGGUACUGUUUUACUAUCCAUCAGGAGGCAGUGACAGUCCUACUCUAUGCAGUGUUGAUAGUAGUCCCUGAGGUUUUAUUUUCUGUUCUCAUGAUCUGGGCCAGUGGCUCCAUGGUCUUCCUCCUGCACAGGCACAAGCAGCGGGUCCAGCACAUUCACAGCACUAAUGUCUCCCCCAGAUCCUCUGCUGAGUCCAGAGCCACUCAGAGCAUCCUUGUCCUGGUGAGCACCUUUGUGUCUUUCCACUCCCUCUCCUCCAUCUUUCAUGUUAGUGUUGCUUAUACUGAUAAUCCCAGUUUGUGGCUGGUGAACACCACUGUGGUGAUCUCUGUGUGUUUUCCAACUGUCUGCCCCUUUUUCAUUAUGAGCCGAGACUAUACUCUCCCCAGAUGCUGCUUUUCCUGGAUACAAAACACAAAAUCCUGUAGUGUUACUGGGGAUAUAUAAAGUAUGUUUGUG